AUGAUCAUCACACGCGGGUUCUCACUGACAAACUUCGUCAUCGCUAGCUCAGCCCUCUGUUUCCAAGUCUGCGUCUUAUACCCCUGGCAUCAUAAGCUCGAGGAUGAAUUCAAAGAGCUCAAAAGCGAACACCUUCGUCUGAUCAAGGAGAAUGAAGAGAUCCGGGUGAAAGAACUACAAGGGAUCAGGGAACACUUGGGAAACUUCUACCGCAAAUUGGAAUAA